CACACACUCGCUCUCCCCCUUCCCCCCUUCCCCCCUUCCAGAACCUCCUCUCUCUUUUUACAUUCCUCUAAUACUCCAAUUGCUUCCUGUCAUCUGCCAUUUCACCCUGUCCCGUGCUCCUUCACGCUGAUGCUCCGCUAAACAUCACCCCGCUUUUGGCUUACCGUCCCUCACAGGACAUCUCCCCCAACAAUGCCGCUUCUCAAUGCCGCUGGGGAUGCCAAAAGCUCUCCUGGCCAGUCUCAUUCCGUCAGGAGCAGACGACUAACCGAUACUACUGUUACUCCGUCCAGCCCUGCUUCUGGUGGCGUCGUCGCAUACACCACCCAGAAUAAAGACCUGCCUUCCCUCGCUCCCCAAACGGCAUAUUCCCUCAAUGGCGGUGCUAUCCCCCCCGCCUCUGCCCCAAUGGCUGGCGAAGGGGGAGAUGGGAGCAAGUGGUAUGCCCUAGAGCUGGAGGAUGGCACCGUCUACCAGGGUUACAGUUUUGGUGCCGAAGCGAGCAUUGCUGGCGAGUUGGUUUUUCAAACUGGCAUGGUGGGCUACCCAGAAUCAAUCACAGAUCCUUCCUACCGUGGCCAGAUCUUGAUCAUCACCUUCCCGCUGGUAGGCAACUAUGGCGUCCCUUCGCGAGAAACGGUUGAUGAGCUCCUCGGGCAAGAUAUGCCCAAAUAUUUCGAGUCCAGUGAGAUCCAUGUUGCUGGUCUUGUAGUGGCCAAUUACUGCGGAGAGGACUACUCGCACUUCUUGGCCGAGUCGUCUCUCGGGAAGUGGUUGAAGGAACAAGGAGUUCCUGCCAUGUAUGGUGUUGAUACCCGCGCCCUCACAAAGAGAAUUCGAGAGAAGGGAAGCAUGCUUGGCCGCAUGCUUUUGCAGAAACCCGGUGUGAGUGUUGAAACCUUGAAUAGCGACGCGCCGAAAAACGGCUCGACUACUGCUGUUGUUGAUGACGAAGAGAAAUCCGAUCUUUGGAGAGCAUCCUUUGAACAAAUUGAAUGGAUGGACCCUGAUAAGAGGAACCUGGUCAACGAUGUCUCUAUUAGGAAACCCCAGCUGUUCUCCCCACCAAAGGAUUCGGUCCUUUCUCACCCCUGUGGUCGCCCGAUCAGAGUUGUGUGCGUUGACGUUGGUAUGAAAUAUAACCAACUACGGUGCCUUCUCGCUCGCGGCGUCGAGCUCCUUGUUGUACCAUGGGAUUAUGAUUUCCCCAGCUUGGCAGGAAAGGAAUAUGACGGCCUUUUCCUUUCCAACGGCCCGGGCAACCCCGCCACCCUGUCCAAAACAGUGGAGAAUAUUAGAACCGCCAUCAAGGACUCGCGCACUCCAAUCUUUGGUAUUUGUCUUGGACACCAGUUACUUGCCCGGGCUGCGGGUGCGUCUACCAUUAAGAUGAAGUUCGGUAACCGAGGACAAAAUAUCCCCUGUACCAGCCUUAUCUCCGGUCGCUGUUACAUUACUUCGCAAAACCACGGAUAUGCAGUUGAUUCUAUGACAUUGCCAGAGGGAUGGGAGGAGCUCUUUGUCAACGCUAAUGAUGGAAGCAACGAAGGUAUCAGACACGUUAGCCGCCCAUUUUUCAGUGUCCAAUUCCACCCAGAGAGCGCCCCAGGACCCCAGGACACAGAGUUCCUAUUCGAUGUCUUCAUCGAUGCUAUUAAAACGAACGUGGCAUUCCCUAGUGCCUUAGAGAAGCCCGUUAGCUUCCCUGGCGCCACCGCUAAAGAGAACGAGCUUGCAAACCCGAGAGUGAGCGCUAAGAAAGCCCUUAUCCUAGGUAGCGGUGGUCUCAGUAUCGGACAAGCUGGAGAGUUUGACUAUUCUGGAAGUCAAGCCAUAAAGGCUUUGAAAGAAGAAGGAAUUUACACCGUCCUUAUUAACCCCAAUAUCGCGACGAUUCAGACUUCCAAGGGCCUUGCAGAUAAGGUCUAUUUCUUACCAGUCAACGCAGACUUUGUCCGCAAGGUUAUCAAACACGAACGGCCAGAUGCCAUCUAUGUAACAUUUGGCGGCCAAACUGCGCUCCAGGUUGGUAUUCAGCUCAAAGAUGAGUUCGAGGAACUUGGCGUUCGAGUUCUUGGUACUCCGAUAGACACCAUCAUUACGACAGAAGACCGCGAGUUAUUCGCGAGAAGCAUGGAAGCCCUUGGUGAGAAGUGCGCCAAAUCCGCCUCUGCUUCCACGCUCGAGGAAGCCAUGGAAGUUGUCAAGGAUAUUGGAUUUCCCGUCAUUGUCCGUGCUGCGUACGCUCUUGGUGGCCUUGGAAGCGGUUUCGCCGAGGAUCCUGAGCAGCUGCGGGAGCUGUGCACAAAAGCCUUCGCUGCAAGCCCACAGGUUCUUAUUGAGAGGAGUAUGAAAGGGUGGAAGGAGAUUGAAUAUGAAGUGGUCCGCGAUGCUCGUGAUAACUGCAUCACUGUGUGUAACAUGGAGAAUUUUGAUCCGCUUGGUAUCCACACUGGCGAUUCUAUUGUCGUCGCCCCGUCGCAAACCCUUUCUGAUGAGGACUACAAUAUGCUUCGAACGACUGCUAUCAAUGUCAUCCGCCAUCUGGGUGUGGUGGGUGAAUGUAACAUUCAAUAUGCAUUGAACCCAUUCUCAAAAGAGUAUUGCAUUAUUGAGGUCAAUGCUCGCCUGUCAAGAUCAUCUGCACUCGCAUCUAAAGCAACAGGCUAUCCCCUCGCUUUCGUCGCGGCUAAACUUGGCCUCGGAAUCCCGCUGAAUGAGAUUUCAAACUCAGUCACCAAAGUCACAUGUGCCUGCUUUGAACCUUCUCUUGAUUAUGUCGUCGUUAAGAUUCCCCGCUGGGAUCUCAAGAAGUUUACCCGUGUCUCCACGCAGCUCGGGUCUUCAAUGAAGAGUGUUGGGGAGGUUAUGAGCAUUGGACGGACUUUUGAGGAGGCCAUUCAGAAAGCCAUACGUUCUGUCGACUUUCACAAUCUUGGGUUCAACGAGACCAACGCACUCAUGUCGAUUAAGGCUGAGCUUCAAACACCUUCCGAUCAGCGACUGUUCGCUAUCGCCAACGCCAUGCAUUCGGGCUACACUGUCGACGAUAUCUGGGAAUUGACCAAAAUCGACAAGUGGUUCCUCCGAAAAUUGAAAGGCCUCAGCGAUUUUGGAAAACUAAUGUCUGGUUACAACGCCACUACAGCACCCAUUUCUCUCAUUCGACAGGCGAAGCAGCUCGGUUUCUCGGACCGGCAACUGGCGAAGUUUUUGAGCUCCAAUGAGUUGGCUAUCAGGCGACUGAGAGUGGAAGCAGGCAUUGUGCCCGUGGUCAAACAAAUUGAUACCGUCGCUGCUGAAUUCCCGGCAUUCACGAACUACUUGUAUCUGACAUACAACGGCUCCGAAAACGAUGUGGACUUUAACGACCAAGGUGUUAUGGUUCUUGGCUCUGGUGUCUACAGAAUUGGAUCCUCUGUCGAGUUUGAUUGGUGUUCUGUGCGAGCCAUUCGAACUCUUCGAGAGCAGGGUUUUAAGACGGUGAUGGUGAAUUCCAACCCCGAGACUCUCAGCACAGAUUACGACGAAGCAGACCGACUGUAUUUUGAAAAUAUCGAUUUGGAGUCCGUCCUUGAUGUCUACCAACUUGAGUCUGCAAGCGGGGUUAUUGUAUCUAUGGGAGGACAGGCACCGAGCAACAUCGCUCUUCCCUUACACAGACUCCAUGUUAAUGUCCUUGGUACAUCUCCGGAGAUGAUUGAUACAGCUGAGAAUCGGUACAAAUUUUCGCGACUCCUUGACCAUAUUGAGGUCGAUCAGCCAGCUUGGAAGGAAUUGACCAGUAUCGAGGAGGCCACCGAAUUCUGUGCGAAGGUUGGAUACCCAGUACUGGUGCGGCCUUCGUACGUGCUCUCUGGUGCUGCCAUGAACACGGUUUAUUCUUUGGAUGAUCUUGCAAGCUACCUCAACCAGGCUGUUGAGGUCUCCCGUGAUCACCCUGUGGUGAUUACCAAAUACAUAGAGAACGCCAAGGAAAUUGAAAUGGACGCAGUUGCCAAGAAUGGUGUUAUGGUCGGCCAUUUUAUUUCAGAACAUGUUGAGAAUGCGGGUGUCCAUUCUGGCGAUGCUACUUUGAUUCUUCCGCCCCAGGACUUGGACCCGGAAACCGUCCGGCGAAUCGAGGAAGCGACCCGCAAGAUCGGCAAUGCCCUGAACGUCACUGGACCUUUCAAUAUCCAGUUCAUCGCCAAAGAUAACGACAUUAAAGUUAUCGAGUGCAAUGUCAGAGCAUCUCGAUCCUUCCCGUUCGUUUCCAAAGUCAUGGGAGUUGACUUGAUCGAAAUGGCAACGAUGGCAAUGAUUGGCAAGCCGUUCACUGAGUACCCGCCGGUAACCAUUCCCAAGAACUACGUCGGUGUCAAGGUUCCGCAAUUCUCAUUCUCCCGCCUCUCUGGUGCUGACCCCGUGCUCGGAGUGGAGAUGGCUUCUACCGGUGAAGUUGCUUGCUUCGGUCGUGACAGGUAUGAGGCAUAUCUCAAAGCUCUGAUUUCGACUGGCUUCAAGCUUCCGAAAAAGAACGUCCUGUUCUCCAUCGGUUCCUUCAAGGAGAAGGUAGAGAUGUUGCCGUCUAUCAGAAAGCUGCACGCGCUUGGCUACAACCUUUUUGCCACGGCGGGCACUGCGGACUAUCUCAAAGAGCACGGACUUCCGGUCAAAUACCUCGAAGUUCUUGCGGGAGAGGAGGAGGACCUUAAGUCUGAAUAUUCUCUUACGCAGCAUUUGGCCAACAAUCUGAUUGAUCUUUACAUCAAUCUUCCCUCCAGCAAUAGGUUCCGGCGGCCUGCAAACUACAUGAGCAAGGGCUAUCGAACACGGCGAAUGGCAGUCGACUACCAGACCCCGCUAGUCACCAACGUUAAGAACGCGAAAAUCCUGAUCGAAGCGAUUGCACGCCAUUACACUAUGAACGUGAUGAGCAUUGAUUGCCAAACGAGCUAUCGCGCUGUUACUAUCCCCGGCCUAAUCAACGUCGCAGCGUUCGUGCCAGGACUCGCUAACCCAGAUUCUCCAGAUUUCCAGGUGGUGACUAAGGCUUCCAUUGCGAACGGUUUUAGCAUGGUCCGCAUCAUGCCCGUGGGCGUGGAUAGCUUCGUUACUGACUCUCAGGCGUUGAGAACGGCCCAACAUAAUUCGUCAAAGGGAUCGUACUGCGAUUUCAACCUCUCUGUCACGGCAACAUCUAAUAAUUCAGAUAAGCUCGGCCUAGUCACCAGUGAAGUCGGUUCGUUAUUUAUCCCAUUCAACCACCUAUCAGGCAACAUCAACAAGGUGGCAACGGUUACUUCGCACUUUGCAUCAUGGCCGACCAAUAAACCUAUAAUCACCGAUGCCAAAGCUACGGACCUGGCUUCCAUUUUGCUGCUUGCCAGUCUUCACAAUCGCAAUAUCCACGUCAUGAGCGUUACUAGCAAAGAGGACAUGGGCCUGAUUGCGCUUAGCAAGGAAAAGGGUCUGAAAGUGACUUGCGAUGUUGCAAUCUACUCCCUUUUCCUGUCUACCGAUGAUUACCCUGGUUGCGCAUGCCUUCCUUCGAAGAAAGACCAAGAAGUGCUCUGGGAGCACUUGGAUACGAUUGAUAUAUUUUCUAUCGGUAGUCUUCCAUACCAGGUUGCGGGUAGCGAUGCUUCUCCCGCUGUUGGGAUCCAGGAUGCGCUUCCUCUGCUCUUCACAGCAGUUUCUGACAGGCGACUAACUAUCGAGGAUGUUACCGCCAGACUCCACGAUAACCCGAAGAGGAUCUUUGAACUUCAUGACCAGCCAGAUGCCUCCGUGGAGAUCGAGUUUGACAGGCCAUAUGUAUUCCAGAGCCAUGAUGUCUGGUCACCAUUUGCCGGUAAGACUCUAAAGGCAUCCGUCCGACGAGUUACAUUCCAGGGGAAGACCUCUUGCUUGGACGGUGAAAUGAUGCUGGAUGCACCGAAGGGGGCCGACAUGUCCUCUCAUCGGUUAGCGCCACCGGCUCCAGCAUCGCCGGCAGUCAAAGACAUUCUUCCCACCUCUCCUCGAUCGGAAAGUGCCUUUGGGAGACGUUUGUCUUUCUCGGCCACACCGCUUCAGCGCCCGUCGAGAUUCAAACCUGCUGCUCCUGAUGGAUAUGCUCCAUCUGUCUCAGGAGACGACUUUGUGCCUGCCGCUCCGAUUUACCCAUAUCCGUCCCGGAUUUCACCCUCAUUGCAACAGCUGCUUUCACAAUCGUCUUUCAAGCAGAAGCAUAUCCUAUCUGUCAGCCAGUUCACCCGCCCAGAUCUUCACCUUCUAUUCACGGUUGCGCAAGAGAUGAGGCUGGGUGUCCAACGCCAUGGUGUCCUUGACAUCCUGAAGGGCCGCGUCCUCACAACCCUCUUCUUCGAGCCCUCCACUCGUACGUCUGCUUCGUUCAAUGCCGCUAUGCAACGACUGGGUGGCCGCACCAUCCCCGUCGCGACUGAGCAUUCGUCCACUCAAAAGGGCGAAACCCUUCAGGACACUGUACGCACCCUGGGCUGCUACAGCGACGCGAUCGUCCUCCGUCAUCCGGAUGACAGCAGCGCUGCCACCGCCGCCAAAUUCUCUCCAGUUCCCAUCAUCAACGGCGGAAACGGAGCCAUGGAACACCCCACCCAAGCCUUCCUCGACCUCUUCACCAUCCGCGAGGAACUCGGCACCGUCAACGACAUCACAAUUACCUUUACCGGCGAUUUAAAAUACGGCCGCACCGUGCACUCCCUCGUCAAACUCCUCCAAUUCUACGAAGUUCGCGUCCAGCUCGUCUCGCCCAAGGCGCUCGCUGUCCCCGAGGAGGUCCGUCAACAGCUCGUCUCGUCCGGCCAGCUGAUCCUGGAGUCGACGGAGCUUACUCCGCAGAUCAUCGCACGGUCGGAUGUGCUGUACUGCACCCGGGUGCAGAAGGAGCGGUUCGAGGACUUGGGCGAGUAUGAGCGGUUGAAGAAUGCAUUCGUCAUCGAUAACACAGUCCUUAAGCAUGCGAAGAGCCAGAUGAUCGUUAUGCAUCCUCUGCCGCGCAACCAGGAGGUCUGCGAGGAGGUCGAUUUUGACCAGCGCGCGGCUUAUUUCCGACAGAUGAAAUAUGGGCUCUACUGUCGCAUGGCAUUACUGGCAUUGGUCAUGGCAUCGUGACAGGGGGUUCAAGUGACCGGUUACUGGUCGGUUUAACCCACUUUCUAUACGGAUUUGUUUACACUUCGUGGACUUAUCUCCGAGGGAAAAGCAAAAGCCGAUCAAGAAUAGUUUUUCCUUUUUGUUCGUUGGCGAACGCACCCAAAAGUUUUCUGCUUUUCCCAUUUGUUUCCAUUUAUUUUCUUUUUUUCACUUGCUUUCUUUUUAUAAAGGCGAAGCGACCUUAGCAAUGCAGAGCAGACACUUAAUACAUAAAUAGUAGGAGUAGUUUUUCAGCUAUAUAUGAUUGUGGUAUGAUGUAUAUCUUUUUAAUUUCCGUGUGUGUUUUUAUGGAUUUCAUGAUAUAUCCGUGAUGUGCUUGACGUGAUUUCUGUUUCUGUUUUUUCCCUUUCUCUCUCUUUUGUUUUUAUUUGUGACUCUCCCGUGGGGGUUUCUCUUACCUCUGGGAUGCAUUUGCCUGGCGUCUGUCUCAUCUCUUUUCUGUGAUCUCUUCUGAGUUGGGUUGUUCCAUGUACCGAUAGAGUUGAAAGGUUACAAUUAGAAUAUGAGGACCCGUGAAAAUGACGCUGAAAAUGACCACUUUUGGCGCCAGAAACGGCUGUCUUUCCACCUGUAACUUUGGAGGGCGAGUCCACGCCGCACCGCCCACCGCCGCCCAUGAUGUUUCACACCUGUUCAACAGCCAUUGUGAGAUGAGAAUGAACAUUGUGAAGAACUAAUAGCAUAUCAUAGAUAAUAAAUAAGAGAUAUAGGGCCUGUUCGGUGCGGAGGUGUGUACUCAUUCUUUUUGUACAGAUCUGCACUUUUUUUAAAAAAG